AGAAUCGGUGACCCUGGGUGAGUUGAAAGUCUUCUACGAAGGUCAGAACGUCGGCAAUUGCCCCAAGUCGCGUGGAUCUUUCGAAAAGGUUCCAAUGUUUUGAUGACAAGAUUAAAAUGUCCGUUUCGGUGGUCUUUAUGGCUUUUCAGCGCUCGGAUUGCCAGGGUAAAAGCUGAAUGUUCACUGUCUGACCUCCCUUUCCACGACGACGACGGUGGCGCAGGCCUUCAGCGGUGUCUCCAAGCCCACAUCGCUGCCUGCCUACACAGGCGCAAAACAGCCAGUCGCAGCGGAAAACGCAGCAGCUUGCAUGGUUCGUGCUUUCGUGCUAUAAUACCUAAUUGGUCACUACGGCGUUCUCUCCCGCCCUACUGAAGCGUCGCCGGCUUUGCGGCUGGACAAAAAUCAUCCGACCAGACCUCGUUGGAGAUGCUAGACUAUACGGUUUGCCGUAGAGACGUAAAUUGGCCUAGC